AAUUUUUUAAUCAGUCAAAAAAAUUCAACCACGCUUGCCGGCCGUGGUUAGAACUUAGAACUUAAAAGCAGAAUUUAAAGUUAAAAGACAACUUAAUAAUAAAAUUCUCCUUUUCCUAUAAUAAAUUAACUUUGUUAUUCAAUUCGCAAGUCUCAUAAAUAUAAAAUGAAGCCGGCAUACAAAAUUGCAAAUGAAAAGUUGGCUCAACUUGGCCGCAAUGAGAUCAUGCUUGCAGAAAAAGAAAUGCCAGGUUUAAUGGCAUGCCGCAGAAAAUAUGCUCCUGGUAAAAUACUUAAAGGUGCCAGAAUAGCUGGCAGUCUGCAUAUGACUGUUCAAACUGCAGUACUUAUUGAAACACUGAUUGAACUUGGAGCAGAGGUACAAUGGUCGAGCAGUAAUAUAUUCAGCACACAAGAUGAGGCAGCAGCUGCCUUGGUAGCUGUGGGCGUCCCCAUUUAUGCUUGGAAAGGUGAAACCGAAGAAGAAUAUGUUUGGUGCAUUGAACAAACUCUCAUUUUUUCUGAUGGAAAGCCUUUGAACAUGAUCUUGGAUGAUGGAGGAGACUUGACCAAUUUGGUUCACACAAAAUACCCACACCUUUUGGAAGGUGUAAAAGGUUUAUCUGAAGAGACAACCACAGGAGUACAUAACUUAUACAAAAUGUUCCGUGAAGGUCUCUUGAAAGUCCCAGCGAUUAACGUUAAUGACUCUGUUACAAAGAGUAAAUUUGAUAACUUGUAUGGAUGCAGAGAAUCUCUUCUGGACGGCAUUAAACGAGCCACAGAUAUAAUGAUAGCAGGAAAAGUUUGUGUAGUCGCUGGCUAUGGAGACGUUGGCAAGGGCUGUGCCCAAGCCUUCAAGGGAUUCGGAGGAAGGGUUAUCGUUACAGAGGUGGAUCCCAUAAAUGCUCUCCAAGCUGCGAUGGAAGGUUUCCAAGUGACAACAAUGGAGGAGGCAGCUCUGACGGGACAAAUAUUUGUCACAACAACUGGAAACAUUGAAAUCAUAACCAAAGACCAUUUUAUGUUGAUGAAAGAUGAUGCAAUUGUUUGUAAUAUCGGUCACUUUGAUACUGAAAUCGAUGUUGCCUGGUUGGAUAAGAAUGCCAAAAAGGUGAACAUCAAACAGCACGUUGAUCGUUAUGAAUUAGAAAAUGGCAACCAUAUUAUCGUGCUGGCAUCUGGGAGACUCGUCAAUCUGGGAUGUGCUACCGGGCACUCGUCGUUUGUCAUGUCUAACUCGUUUACUAAUCAAGUCUUAGCACAGAUUGAGCUGUGGACGAAACAUAAUGAAUAUCCCAUUGGUGUUCACACUUUGCCUAAGAAGUUGGAUGAAGAAGUGGCUGCACUUCAUCUUGAUCAUUUGGGUGUAAAACUUACAAGGUUGACACCAAAACAAGCAAACUACAUUGGAGUGUCAGCGGAAGGCCCAUACAAACCAGAUCAUUACAGAUACUAACUUGUUAAGUAUAUAAAAAUGAAAUCUCUGUAUACUAAUGAACUCGAUUUACAUUGUUUAAAUGGUGGUGUGGUUUAUUAAAAAAUAAAUCGUUAAAUACCUAACAA